AUGUCAACACCACAGCCAACAGACCAAGCUGCCUUCAACUUGGAUGCAGCCAAAGUACUGCAAUCAAAAUUGGAAGGAUUGGGAUUGCACAUCUCGAAUAUCCGGGACGGCUUCAACUCCAAACCUGUCGAUGGCCUUGAGGAUUGGCUAGGGGAGGGUUUAGGGAGCAAGAUCCCAUCAGCCAUCGCCGCGGAUGUGGCAUCGCAAAUGUCCUUUCUGCGCAAACUCAAGUUCCAGUACCUGGAACAGAAUGCUAAGCAUCAGUACAUCAAGACCAUCGUUAAUGAUGAGGCACCGAUGAUCACUGCAGACGACAACGAGGCACUCAUGAUCAGCAAUCAACGUAAAAAGGAGGGCCUGAAGGCGGCAAAGUUGAAGCUUGCGGAGAAAUAUCAGGACGUACGGCGGUUGGCGCCUUUGGUUGAGCAUGACUAUAACAGGGCGAAGGAAUUGGGCAACGAGGCUGUGGCGUUGGCGCAAAGCAUCAUCGAUGCGCGACUAGCCAUCACGCGGCUCCGGCAGGCGCAUCCCCAGCCGCGGUUGACCAUUCCCACCGCGGAGGAGUACUUGGCCGCGCAGAUCACGGAGAUGCAGGAGCUGGAGGACAAGCUUCGAGACGCGAGCGAUCAGGUGGCGGGGGUCAGGGAGAGCGUGAAGGAGGGCUCGAAGGAGAUGGAGAGGCUGAGCGUCGAGCGGGCGGAGAUUGGCUGGGAUGUGAAGGCGCGAGGAUACGGGGCGGACGAUCGAAGAGCGGCCUCGCUCUGUGAACAAUACAGCGCCGCGUUGACUCUUCAUCGCGGGUUAGUUUCCAUGGGCUCGUCUCAGUCUGUGGCUGAGAAUGAGCUCAGGCUCACUUAUCUCCUCGAGCCCGACGGGGCACGAUCUCGGACGCUAGAACCGAGGAAGGUUCACGUCGUACUAUUAUUUCAGCCCACCGCGCGUCAGCUGGUUGAGGCACGGGUCGAGGGCGUGGACACUGGGGAUAUCUCGAGCAUUAUCGACGCGUACGUAGAAGCAAACGACGUGCCGGGUGUGGUAGGUGCUAUAUUAGCAAGAUGUCGAGCGGUAUCGGCUAUCUGAGCCUUGUAUAUUGUGUGUAAUUCUGAUAUCCACAUCUGAAUUAUUCUAUGUUUCUUG